AGUGUCGCUGUCGCAUCCAAUAAGGUUAACCAGGCUGACAGCGAAUCAUCGUUCACCGCACGCAGGGAUUACCAGCAUUGCUUUGGAGGAGCGACUUCUGCGUUUGUGUUAUGAGAAGAGGACACUGGCUGUUUUAAGAAUUUGUCGCCAUGGCCGCGGCCCCCCUACUUCGACGCACCGACUCAGCCAGGGGGGACUUUUCCCCCUUGAAACACUUUGUGGUGGCCAAGAAGACCAUAACUGAUCUGUUUGAACAGCUUCUCAAUUACGUGACAGAGACCUGCGAGUUUGUGGAGGAAACAUGCGGGAAUAAAGCGAUGGAGAAAAUUGCAAGUCUGGAUCAAAAGUUGGAGAUUCAGGCGUAUGCUGAUAAACUUGCUGUCAUCAAGGACGUUUUGGCUCGCAGACACAUGAAAGUGGCCUUUUUUGGGAGGACAAGUAACGGUAAAAGCACAGUGGUCAAUGCUAUGCUGAGGGACCGAGUGCUACCCAGCGGUAUCGGUCACACCACCAACUGCUUCUUGAGUGUCGAGGGGACCGAUGAAGACAAGGCCUUCCUCAAGACUGAAGGCUCAGAGGAGGAGAAGAGCAUCAAGACUGUAAACCAGCUGGCUCAUGCCUUGCACAUGGAUGAGAGUUUGGACGCUGGCUGUCUCGUUCGAGUGUUUUGGCCAAAGACCAAGUGCGCACUACUUCGGGACGACCUGGUGCUUGUAGACAGCCCUGGGACAGAUGUCACGCCAGAGUUGGACAGCUGGAUUGACAAGUUUUGCCUGGAUGCCGAUGUCUUUGUGCUGGUUGCCAAUUCUGAAUCCACGCUCAUGAACACGGAAAAGCAUUUUUUCCACAAAGUCAACGAACGAUUGUCCAAGCCCAACAUCUUCAUCCUCAACAAUCGCUGGGACGCCUCCGCCAAUGAACCAGAAUACAUGGAAGAUGUGAGAAAGCAGCACACAGACCGUUGCGUGGACUUUCUUGUCGAAGAGCUGAAGGUCGUUGACCGCGAACAGGCACCCAACCGCAUUUUCUUCGUCUCCGCCAAAGAGGUGCUGAACUCCCGCAUGCAGCGGGCACAGGGCAUGCCCGAAACAGGUGGCGCCCUAGCAGAGGGCUUCCAGGAGAGACUAAAAGAGUUCCAGUGCUUUGAAAGGAGGUUUGAGGAGUGUAUCUCGCAGUCAGCAGUGAAAACAAAGUUUGAGCAGCACACAAUCAGGGCCAAGCAGAUCACAGAAAAAGUCCAGUGCGUCAUGGACAUCAUCAACAUCGAGGCGGCAGAGAAGAGAGUGGCAGCACUGGAGGACAGGGAAUAUCAAAUAGACCGGCUGGAUUUUGUGAGGAAUCAGCUCAGACUGCUGAUUGAAGACAUCAAUAAGAAGAUCAAGGCCAUCAGUGAGGAUGUGGAGUCAAAGGUGUCCAACGCCAUGGGUGAGGAGAUCUGCCGUCUGCAUGUGAUUGUGGACGAGUUCCAUGCAGACUUCCACCCCUCGCCUCACGUCCUCAAUCUCUACAAGUCUGAGCUACUGUGUCACGUGGAAGAGGGAAUGGGAAAGAAUCUGGCUUUCCGCUGCUCAGAUGCAGUCAACGCCUCCGUCCAGUCAAUUCAGAGAUUUAUGACCGAUAGCAUGAUGCCUUUGCUGCCCUCCGCCAGCCAGAACCAAAUCCACAUGCUGGGGCCCAACAGGAAGUUGGACCUAAGUUACAACCUCAACUGCGCCUCGCUGUGCAGCGACUUCCAGGAGGACAUAGAGUUUCGCUUUUCUUUUGGCUGGACGGCAUUGGUGCACCGUUUCCUGGGCCCUGUCAACGCUGAGAGAGCACUCAAACUAGUGGACCAGAAACUGCAGGCCUCUCUACCAGCUCUGCCCCCGGCCACAACACCCUCCUCGGGACCCCCGUCAGUCGCGCCGGCCAACCAGGAGACAGCCCUCAUGACACAAGAAGACCUUAUGGUCGCCAUGGCAACCAACGCCGCAUCCCUCACCUCCCGCAUGUCAAUGAGCGCUAUUGUCGUCGGAGGAGUGGUGUGGAGGACAUUGGGUUGGAGGCUGAUCGGCUUGAUGGGCUCCUUAUAUGGCUUGCUGUACCUCUACGAACGCCUCACGUGGACCACUAAGGCCAAGGAGCGUAGCUUGAAGCGUCAAUUUGUGGACUAUGCCACUGAGAAGUUGCAGCUCAUUGUCAGCAUCACCAGUGCCAACUGUAGCCACCAAGUGCAGCAAGAGAUGGCUACCACCUUUGCUCAGCUCUGCCGUGAGGUGGAGACGACGCAGAAGGAGCUCGAGGCAGAAAUCCACCGACUGAGCGCCAACAUCGAGCAGCUGGAGGGUGUCCAGGGACGCUCCAAGAGUCUACGGCACAAAGCCAGUGAGCUGGAGAAACAGUUGGAGACCUUUACAAAGCAGUACUUGCAGCCUCAACACUGAGCUCAAUCCUUUCAUUUUUUUUCCACUUGAAAGGCACAAUCUUUCAACAAAAGCGUUUUUCCAAAUCUUUACAGCCAUGAAGAAUAUAUAGUAUUGUUAUUUUCCUCAACUUCCAUGAUGAAGUGAUUUUUAUUGUUUCAUAGUACACACCAAGAUUAAGUCUUGGACUUGUCCACUCCAUGUGAAGACAGUAUCAUAAAGAAUACUAACUCACUAACCAACUAUUGGGGUGCUAUAUUUGUACACUAAUGUGCUUCAAACUGUGAAUAUGCCUUUUUUUGACAAACUUUUGUGGAAUUCCUUGUCUCUCAGACUGUUCAUGCAUGUUACCAACAAAAAAUAAAUGCAUUUCCUAUAAAAUAUAUACAACGUAUAUCGUCUAGUCGUUCAAAUUUAUCUUUUAAAAAUAUCCUUUGAUUGAAAACAUUUCCUACACAAUAAUAAUUAAAAUACAUAAAAAGAAAACAUUUCCUAUAAUCAUGGCCAAGAAUGCUCAUUUAUUUAUCCACUGUGUGAAGUAGCCUCAAAUGAUCUAUGAAGGCACCUUGCUAGUAGUGACCCUUACUCAGGAAUUGCACAUGCAUGCAUUAACUGGAGCACAGACACUGAGGAAAUGCUACAAUUUUCUAGCAAAUGUAAAUGGAAAAAGGCGAUAUUUUUUUAACCUAAUUUGUUGAACUAAGAAACUGUAACAUUUAAUAACUAUAAACCUGACCUACCUUGUCAUGCCUGUGUCCGAAAGACACACAGAUCCUAAUUUACAAUAAAACUGCAAAAAUACCCAUUGUGAUUCUUAUCUGUAAGGGCUGAAAAAGUCAAAGAAUUUGAUGUAUUAGAGCUGAAGCAAGUGCUACUCAUCAUGGGAUAGGAAAUCAUGGCUUUGUCUUGAAGUAACUCUUUAGCUACUGUUAUCGGGCUCUGUGAUGUAGUAGUGGGCCUACCAUGACUUGGCAGGAAAAUGAUGUAGCGUAUUUCUUUUAGGAGAAUUGUAUUACAUAGUACAGUCAGUGGUACCUCUACUUACAAAAUUGGUUCUGCUGGAAGUAGUUUCGUGACAAAUUCUGUAAGUAGAGACGUGUUUUCCAUGUAAAUGCCCUAAUCCGUUCCAAGCCCCCCCAAAGGUCAGGCAAAAAUCUUUUAUAAGGCAUAAAAAUGCAUCAAAACAUUUAAAAAAAUAAAUGUUACAACUACAUUAUUGCACAAUAAAUCAGUUGUGAAAAAAAUAGGACGCUGGCAUACACACGCAUAGUAGAUGCCAGGAAUGCUAGGCAAUAGCCAAUGGCAGAGCAGAUAUAAGUUUGUAUUGUUAUUUUGCCUGUUGUAUCCUGAAAUUUCUUUUGUAACGAGCGGCAAUAUUUUCCCGUCGAGGCGUGUCUUAACCUGAAAAUUCUGUAUAUAGAGACAUUGUAAGUAGAGGUACCACUAUAUUACACUGUUUAAAACACAGCAGUAACACAAAUGGGGGGAGUUUUUACAUUAACUGCUACAUUUCUCUAAUCACGAGACACAUUUUGUUUCACCCUUCUCACUUUCAGCACCUUUAUGAACCAUGGCCAGGUCAAAGCAAAAAAAAAAACCCUGCGAGGUAACCAAUCUGAACUGAUGGUCGCAAAUAAAUUCUAUGCUGACAUCUAAUGAACAGAUAAAAUGGCAUGUCUAUUCGUUUCAAUGAGGAAUGAUUUGAGAUAUGAGUGCUAUGAGCACGAUUUCAAGCAAAACCUCCACUGUUGUCUGCUGCCUCUUCACAUUUCUAGAGACUUUUCACAAUUGCAGGCAUAAAAUUCCCACACAUUAAGUUUAUUUGUCAAAAGAUUUUUUUUGUUUUUGUUUUAUUGAUUACAAUAACUCAUGGCAACAUAUCAGUAUCACCAAGCCACUGUACAAAUACAAAAAAAAAAAGAUCUGGUGUGAAAAAGACUAUAAAAAUUAUUCCAUAAGUGAUUUUCUCACACACUAGCACUGUAAGAGAAUUAUCAUGGCACCAAGUCCCUGGUCAUUACUGGCUUAGAACAUGAAACAAUAAAUAAGAGAAAGCAACGUAGUCAUAAAGGCAGUGCAUUAUUUGUGACAGUGCGGUGUGUGUGUGU